AGACGUGUUGACUUGCAAUUCUUGCAAGUCUUCGCCAUCGGAAGCUGUGCCACCACAGAAAAUAGCCAUGAGAUGCUUUUUAAAACAAGUGUCUAAGAGAUUAUAAACAAGUGAAUUUCAGCUUUUGCAUUCGACCAAUUCAAAUCCAAAUGGCAUCCCAAGAAUCUCAGUUUCACUUCGUUCUGUUUCCUCUCAUGUCCCCCGGCCACUUGCUCCCAAUGACAGACCUAGCAACAAUAUUGGCACAGAAUAACGUGAUUGUUACUGUAGUCACCACCGUACAUAACGCUUCUCGUUUAUCAGAAACCUUUUCCCGUGCUUCCGACUCAGGCCUCAACCUCCGACUGGUUCCACUCGAAUUUCCAUCCCACGAUGCUGGAUUUCCAGAAGGGUGUGAGAAUUUUGACAUGCUGCCUUCUAUGGGCAUGGGUUUGAAUUUCUUCCUUGCCGCAAACACCAUGCUACACGAACCGGCUGAGAAAGUGUUUGAACAGUUGACACCGAAACCAAACUGCAUAAUCUCUGACGUGGGUUUAACAUACACAGCCGACAUCGCCACCAAAUUCAACGUCCCCAGAAUAUCUUUCUACGGCGUUAGUGGUUUCUGUCUCUGGUGGCAGCAAAAGUUGGUCACUUCUAAAGUUUUUGAUACCAUAGCCACAGAUUCAGAGUACUUUUCCAUACCUGACAUCCCUGACAAAGUUGAGAUCACAAAAGCACAGACUGCAAGACCUAUGCACGAAAACUGGAGCGAGUUUGUUGAAAAAAUGGCCGCAGCUGAAGCGGUUACUUAUGGGGUGGUCGUGAAUUCUUUUGAGGAGUUGGAACAAGCAUAUGCAGGGGAUUUCAAGAAGGCCAGAAACAAUAAAGUGUGGUUUGUUGGGCCCGUUUCACUUAGAAACAGGAAUGACUUGGAUAAGGCUCAGAGAGGGAACAGCAACAACACAUCAAGUGAUGCUCAUAGUUGCAUGAAGUGGCUUGACUUGCAAAAACCAAAUUCAGUCAUUUACGUGUGCCUUGGUAGCAUAUGCAAUUUAACUCCGUUGCAGUUGAUAGAGCUUGGUAUGGCCUUAGAAGCAUCCAAAAUACCGUUCAUUUGGGUCAUCAGGGAAAGGAAUCAAACAGAAGAGUUGAUGAAGUGGAUUAAGGAAUCAGGGUUUGAGGAAAGGACCAAGGGGGUAGGUCUAAUGCUACUGGGUUGGUCUCCUCAGGUACUAAUACUAUCACACCCUGCAAUUGGAGGGUUCAUGACACACUGCGGUUGGAACUCAACCCUAGAAGCAAUAUCCGCUGGCGUGCCAAUGCUUACGUGGCCACUGUUUGGGGACCAAUUCUUCAAUGAGAGGUUUGUUGUGAACAUUAUAAGAAUUGGUGUACGCGUUGGGGUGGAAACUCCGGUGCUCUGGGGUGAUGAAGAGAAAACUGAGGUAUUGGUGAAGAAGGAAGAUGUAGUGAGGGCUAUAGAGAAGUUAAUGGAUGAGGGAAGUGAAAGGGAAGAGAGAAGAAAAAGGGCCACAGGGCUUGCAGAGAUGGCUAAGACAGCUGUAGAAGGAGGCUCCUCUCACUUCAAUGUGACCCAGCUAAUCCAAGACAUCAUGCAACAGUCCCACAAAAACUAAUCUUCUGUUACCAAAAGCAUAUAAGAGGAAAUCGUACAAUUAGCUCAGACUUGGAGUUCUCCAAUCCCUUCGUAGAACAAUUGCAGAGCUUCACUAGUAAAGCCAUAAGCAGAAAGUCAGAAAUCCAUAGAGAGGAUAUUGCUAUCUGUAAAGACUACUCUGUUCCAUACAAGGUGUUAUAUCUUGUUUUAACUUACAGCUAUUUUGAAAUAUAUUGUGUUAGAAGGAGAUAAAAUACGAAGAGGACAUUAUAAAGCAUUGUGUUUAACCGUUUGGUUCCACACUUGUCUUCAAA